AUGGAUGCGUUGAACGAUGUUACAGGACUCAUCCGUGCAACUUCGUCCUCAACAGAUCCGGACGAUUUUAUAAAAUCGUUUGAGAACCAGCUGGAUACCUUGGACAUCUCGCAGAACUAUGGCAAGUACUGGAAGUUCUCCACUGCUUUCAACAACGCGGUUGCAACCUUCGAUCCUUCAGAUUAUAAAACCACCCGCGAAUCCCGCUUGCUGUAUGACCCAAGAAUUACGAUGUCGGUGUACCUUAGCCACAUUCGCAGACAGCUCCUGGAGCAGGGUUCCGGGAACGCCGCCCUAGCUAGAAUCGCAGUUCCGUUUUCCUGGCAAGACUGGGUGGAUCUCUCGGUUUUAAACCGAUAUUUAGAGCUACCAGAGGACCAGCGUCCGACCUGUGACGACAUUCUUUACCAGGGUCCUGCUUACAAUCCUGAACACAAAUUCAAGAACCCAAAUAGAAACAUAGACAGAGCCUGUGUUGAUAAUGAUAGAUACACGGGUCGCACCCGUCGCGCCCUUCUGCCGGGAUUCAACUUCAAAGAUCGGACAGGAAAAAAGUCUUUCCGUGACAAGCUCAUACAUGCCAAGUCGUAUCUGCUGUCGUAUGCGCCCGUGCCGACGUCCAUCGUGUUUCUCACGGAAAAAGGCUCGUACGAGGUGAACAUUUCCGGAGACUACAACAUGCUCGAUAGCGGUUUGUUCGAUGAGUUUGUUGAAUUACAGGCCAAUGAAACUGUUGUGGCAGAUGCUUCUUUGGAACACGAGAUGCUGGUCAACUCCGUGACCCCUUCGAAAAGUGAGCUGGAUUUCGACUCGCUGUUCACCGCAGAGCAGAAUUAUGAGUUUGUUAUUCCUCCUGACCGAUUUAAUUACUCGUAUGACCAGAUCAUUGAGGAUUAUGAAAACCGCAUAGAUGAGCUCGACGAAAAGCAACUACGUCACUUGCAGACCCUCAGAUACUCCAAAUCCAUUCCUUCGACCAAGCUGCAAAAAUCUUUCAGAGAGGUGAACAUCAAUUGGCCAGCUACAUACAAUGGCCACAAGGUGACCGAAAAUGGAGGCCAUUACGACUUCCGUUUCUUCAAUGGCUUUGUGACAGAGUCCAAGCUCAACGAGUACGACGACGUGAACGAAAAGCGCAAAAUCAUGCUUCACAGGAUUAUUCACACAUGGUUGCAAUUUACAUACAAAGAGGGUAUUGUGUCUUUUCUGGCUCACGGCACGCUUUUGAGCUGGUACUGGAACGCGUUAGUGUUCGAAUGGGAUAACGACAUUGACGUCCAGAUGCCGAUCAUGGACUUCGAUCGGUUUUGCAUGAAGUACAACAACUCGCUUAUCGUCGAGGAUGUCCAGCAUGGCUACGGAAAAUACUACGUUGAUUGUGGAGCUUAUCCGACACACAGAACAAAAGGAAACGGCAGAAAUAAUAUAGACGCAAGGUUCAUCGACGUGGACAGCGGAAUGUACAUUGAUAUUACUGGUUUGGCACUGACGGAUACGAUUAAAAUACCUCCAAGAUUGGAGAGAUUGGAGCGGGAGAGAAAGGCGAACAAUGAACAGGAAAAAGGUGAGGAUAUUCACUCAGCAGAGCUAACAGAAGGACUUACCGAUACGGGUGUUCCUCGAAUUGUGAAACGUGCUCCCGUCAGAUCAAACAAAGGUCCAGAAAGGUCUCCUGAAGCCUUGGAGAGAAAUAAAGAACUGCAGAUAUACAAUUGCAGAAAUAACCAUUUCUACACGUAUUCCGAGCUGUCGCCACUCAAGUUGUCUAUGAUGGAGGGCUCUCCAUGUCUCAUUCCGCACGAUUUCGCCACAGUGCUCAAUUCGGAGUAUAACGGAGGUCUUCGAAGAAAACAUUUCAAUAACCACCUAUUCAUCGAUGAGUUGAGAUUCUGGGUUUCGACAGCCACGCUCCAGCAGCACACGUAUGCGUUGAGUGGCCAGCUUGUCAAGAACGUGGAGUUGAGAAAGUUUUACAAUUCCCACAAGCUCCCAAUGCUUCUAAAAAUGCUAAGUACCGAUGAGUUACUCAAGGAAUUCUAUCUAACUCACAAGACCACCAAGAUGCACAUGGAAGAGUUCUCACUUAUGAACGAUCUCUCCGACCCGCAAAAAAAGGAGCGUUAUUACAGUAUCAUGGAAGAGUAUAAACGUACUCAUGACCCGAUGAGAAAAAGCUUACACGGAUAUAUAUCAGAGGUUGUUGCUCUUGGCGGAUACCAUCCUCAAGAAGACCCUGUCAGGACUCCGUUGUCUGAGACGUCUGAGGAGCUGGAUAGAGUAGUUAUCACAGGAAAAAGCCAGUCCAACGCAGGUGCUAGACGGAUCCAAAAAAUCCAAACUUAG